ACAGCACAGAUAUACAAAAACGAAAGAAACAUGUAUAAUACGAAGGCCUUUUUGGAGAAGAAGAGGAGGUCUGCUCCUAAACGAAAGCUUUCUCACUUGGAACAGUCAUUUGUGAAUUUUGCAAAAAGUAUACCAGAACGGAAGAAAGAUCCGGAUCAGUCCAAGAUUAUCAAAAUAGACCGCGAUGAGCCGGCAGUUGAAUACCUGAUACCGUUCAUCCAGGGAUACGAGGCUGCGGAUGUACUAGUCACUGUUCAGGAACGCGUCUUCGUCUGCCACACUAUCAUACUUUGUAUUUACUCAAGACGAAUGCUGAAAAUAUUGCAGGAGGACAUUGAAAAUGUUGUCUUCAAGUCGAAUGAUUUGAGCCCGAAGGGAUUCAGCGAGGCAUAUCUAUGGAUGAUAUCCACAGAUGCCGAGGUGAAUCCGUGCGAUAUGGACGACAUUUUGAGGGCCGCUUACUUCCUGGACAUACCCGAGCUACUCGAGGCCUGUUGGGCGAACCUGGAUGGGUGUGCAUCUUUUGAGAUCGCUGCGUUUAGCCAAUUGUUUAAUUUACGGGCAGCCACCAAUUUGUCGGAUGUAUUCGAUAAGCUUGUGGGACGCAUCUCCACUUCAAUUUUGCCAGCCGCAUCGACUCGGGAAUUCCUGUGCCUCAACGAAAUGCAAAUUUGCAGCAUACUCAAGUCCAACUUUCUGGCAGUCAAUUCGGAAAUGGAGCUUUUAUAUUCCGCCUUAAUGUGGCUAGCGCAUCUUUGGCCGGAACGACGUUCGAGUACCUAUCCGGUUUUGAAUCAAAUUCGCUACUGCUUCAUGCCGCCAAUCAUGCUAAAGAAGAUCAGAGGAGAGGAACUCCAGGAGACGCCCCAUUUCAUUGACAUUCUAAAGGAGUUUAGCAAGUCGCCCGGCGUCGUCCAACAUUUGCGGGACGCAGUGUUCGAAAGCAGUUUGCUCAUAAGCGUGCGCAACGAUCCGAGUGUACUCAAGACGCAAUUGGAGUUCAAGGAGGUGAAGAUAAAGGAGUCACGCCAUUGGAUACAGGAUCAUACCUGUGACUACCAUCGGCAGGUGACCCCGCUGUGUCCAAAUAUGCAUUUCAUAACGCUAAAGGAAUAUCAAGAUUACCUAAAGCGCCUGACGCUUGGACCCGAAUUCAACGCCUGUUUGGAGUAUACCGGGGAUGGGAAAUCAGAAGAACCACAAGAUUCGUAAUAAUAUGAACGGAUCGAACUUAUGUAGUUGGAAUAAUGUUAAAUUUGCAAGUUCAAAUUAGUUAUAAAUCAUUUUUGUUUACUUUAAUACA